CAGGCCUGACUUAAAUGGUUGAUUGCAUUGCCGAUGUCGUUCUCGGCAAAAUAAUUGUCGUGUGUUGUCGUGAGUCUCAUUUCCACCCGAUUAAAAAUAACAAUAAAACCCCAAGCAAUUUACUGAGAUUAUAAAUAAUCAUUUACAUAAAUCACUCACAUAAAUGACCCACUCAUUAGUAUAAAAACAAGUUACUUAAAUAAUUAAUUGUUUAUUUAAAAAAGGGUUACUGGGCUGGUUGCUGUUAUCAGUGAUGAUGGUCUGACCCUUCAUCAUAACGUUCCAUGUAAACAUUGCAAAUGAGCUUUGUGCGUUUCAAUUUUAUUUUAUCAUCUUAUUUAUUAUUUUUAUAGUUACUGUUUUUUAUUUACUGAUAUUUUUUUCUAUUUAUUGCCAUAAGUUUAUUGUUAUUUAUACUCAUAAAUAUGAGUUAUGAUUUUUGAUACUCCCAAUUAUGACCACGUUUAUGAUUUUCUGAUAAUUUAAUUUUUUAUCUGAUGAAAAUAAUAAUGGAUCAACAAAAUAUCAAUGAAAUAAAUGUUGAUCAGUCGGUUUCAGAGGCUAGUGAACUUUCUGCUUCAAUUGUUAAAGAAAUAGCCGAUAGUGAAAAAAUAGUUGAUACAAAUGAUGAUACGAAAAAUGAUGGCGAGGUUAUGGAGCAACUAAAUACGCCGGAUAAAAUUGAUCAAUUGCCGGACAAUUGCGUCGAAAUUAAUAAUUCAACUGGCAAAGAACUUAAUCAUGAUGAUAAGAAAGAAGAUGGUGAAGCAGAAAAUAUCAACACGACUGUAAAUGAAGGUGGUGAUGAUGAUGAAGGAGAGAAAGCUGAUACAUAUCACGUGGAUGAUGGUAAGGAUCAAACUGAUGAUAGUAAGGAUCAAGCUGAUGAUGGCAAGAAACCAGAUCAAGUACGUCCAGUGGAAAGUAAAAUGGAUGUUGAUGGUGAGGUAGAGGAGACCAAAGAGUGCGAAGAGGCUAAAGACAAUUGCAAUUCAGUUACUACUGAAGAAGUGGUUGAUAAUGACCCGGUGGUGGUGACUGAAGAGGAGGCUGUUGGAGAUACGAUAGAUAUGAUUGAAGAAACGAUCGUUAUUCCGAGCGAAUAUGAAGCUGGGGAAGUCAUUAGUUUACAGAAUGAUAAAGUUACUGUUGUCUCUACUGACCACAUGAGUUCUGAGGACACCAAUGAUGAUGAGGAACAAACGACGGAGACUAUUGAGUUCAAUGUCAUUGAGUACACGGAUGUCGAAGGUAAUCAGGAGCUGAAAGUGGAGAAGGUUGAGUCUUGUGAGUUUGUAAAGACGUCUGGUGAUGCGGUGGCUUCUUUGGUGGUUGAUGAAUCUGCUAUCCAGGACAAGGAUGAGCUGAAAGAAAUUCAAGAGUCUUUGGUGGAGUCGAUGGAGGUAGAUGGGGCUCUGGAGAAUGGUCAGUGUGUUGAAGAGCACAUUGAGUGUAUAGAGAACGAGGAGUCGAGCGAGAGCAAACAGGGUUCGGAAAAAAAACGUAGUGUUAUUCAGGAUAUCUUUGAUGACUGGAGGGAUGAACAUGUUGAAGAAGACUCUACUUCUGUUCAGUCGCAUGAUACUGUUGAGUUGGAACUCAAGAGUCUGCUGGAUGAUGAUAAAAGUUCUUCGAAACCAGAAGAGAUGGAGGAAACUGUCAUGGUAAGGCCGAAAAAAAAUGCUGGCUUGUCUCCGACAGUUAAAACUCCGUCUGCGUCGCCGAGUGUUGAUUCUGCGGUUAAGAAAAUUGUUAAAGAUGAUUCUGUUAAACCACAAAUACAAAAGCUGACACCACCGAGAACGCCAGAGUCGACGAAAGUCGCGAACAAAUUAUCGACUCCGCAAUCUGGGACACUUAAGUCUGCGGGACUUACUGAUAGUUUGUCAUCGCCGAGUGACGGCUCGCCGGUAGUCUUCAAGGGCUUCAAGAGCAAAGAGCUCGAGACAGCGAAAAAAGAAAUAAUUAUUGUUAAAAAAAUGAGGAAGGAAGCGAGUGAAUCAGUGACGUCUACGCCGACAUCAGUUUCUUCUCAGGCUUCGUCAGCGCCAGAAAACCGUCUGAUAGCCCCGGUGUCGAGUGAAAAAACUAGUACUGAUAAAGAACUUUUGGCGAUUCUUGAAGGCGACGUUGAUCCUGACUGGUCGGACUUGAGAUCUCCAACGCUGGUUCAAGAGCCGGAGAAAAAGAACGAACUCGUUGUUCAACGGAGUUCGCCGACUAAAUUGGAUCCGUUGAUGGAGCGUGAGCUUGCUUUGAAGCAGCUUCUAGAGCUACCGGCGACUCCUAAAAAAGCGUUGCCUCAGAAAAAAAAAUUUACGCCCAAGUUGAUCCGCCCGGCUAAACCUCACAAGGAAGUUAAAGAAGUUUCCAAAGAAGUUAAAGAGGUUCCGAAGAAACUAGUGAGUAUUGAUUUGGUUGAUAAAGAUGCAAAGGAGAUGGUUCAGGAGCAAGAACUUGUGUCAAUUGAUUUGACAAGUUCCGAUGAUGUUAAGACUGAUGAAACUAGAUCAGGGAGAAAAAGAAAACCCACUGAGAAGGCACGCGAGUAUGAAAUCAGUCCCAAGCGCCAGAAGACUAUUAAGAUCAACAAGAGUACGACGAGCAAGAAAACAACUAAAGAUAAUUCUAGCGCUGGUAAGUCGAAAGAUUCUGUGGAAAAUAAUUUAAAUAAUGCUGCGGACAAUGCGGAAGUGGUAGAUAAGAAUAAAGAUAAGGAUAAGAAUAAAGAUAAAGAAGAUAAAGAUGAGUCAGAAGGAGAAAACACUGAUUCUACUGUUGUGAUAGAAAAUGAUGUAGAAGAAUCUGAAUCAAAGGCUGAUAAAGUUCCUGAUGAAUCUGCGAAGAAACCAAAGGACACGACGAGCAAGAAAGCCGCCCCUUCUAAUGCUAAAAAGAAAGUCACCAAACCUAAAGCUCCAGCUCCGAAGAAAGCGCCACCCAAGACGGUGGCUAAAAAAUCACCAAAAGUCACUAAGGCUGUGAAGAAAAGUCCUGACGGAACUGAACCCAGACCCAAGAAAAAAAUAAUCGCUGAAAUAGAUCGGCUGCUCCAGGAUGAAGGGGUUGUCAAUUUGCUGUACGACGUUGAGCAGCCGAGCAAACGUCUUGUUCCAGUGACCAAAACUCAGGCUAAAGUAAUGGACAUGCAGAAAGUCCAGCGUGAAUUAAAAAUCCGUACUAAACUUGUUCGCAAUGCUGUGCUGAGACUACGAACCUCUGGAACUUCUCCUGCAAAUGUCACCUCGAGAUCCAAGAGACACGAGCAGCAGCAAUCGUCACUUCAUUCAACGCCGGAAAAAAAAUCCGACUCGUCAAAGUCACCGCGUUCUUCGAUGGCAUCACCAACGGAGUUUAUGUUCCCCGCGAAAAUACGAAAUGCUGCGCACGAGUCUAUUAUCAUCCGCAGACACUCCUCGAGUUCCUUUUCAAGUGCUUCAGGCAGUCCGCGGGUCAGCAUAGACGGAGUCGAGAGACAUUCGAAUGCGGACAGUGGCAGAAUGGAUGAUCAUACAUUGAGAUCCAAUAAGAGACGUCUGUCGCAGGAGGAUAAGAAAAAGUUAAUGCCUGAUUCCAAGAAAAGUAAAAAAGAUAUUGAUAAAAUAAAUGAUUUGAUGGCAAUGUUGCCUAAAAAUAAACAGCCUCAAUCGCUGGCCAAGGCUGUCAAGAAAGCGGCGAUCGAUAAAAAAAUAAAGAAGCAGAUUGCUGAUGAUGAAGAUGAGAAUGAGGAAGAGUCGAAAGCAACUAAGAAUGGAGCUGCUGGGAAAAGUAACGUGAAGACUAAAAAAAUAACAAAGUCGAAAGUUUCUUUUGCUAAGGAGGAAGUUGACAUCAAAGAGGAACCAACUGAAGAGGACGACGCACUGUCAGCUUGUCUUGCUGAGGCAGUGACAGCGUUGGCCACUGAAAAUACCGGUCGUACGAGAGCUGGUGCUGUCAAUAGAAAAACAAAGUCGCGCAGCGAUGCCGAAAGCAUCAAAGCUAAAGAUAAAAUCCAGUUUAGUAAUAAAGAAAUAAUUGUCCAGAGACACGGGAAUCUCGUCCAGCUGAUUCUGACACCAUCUACUUCUUCUAAAAUAAGAAACGGCGUGACGUUGCAGAUGAUGCAGGAGUUUCGCGAAGCUCUGACGAUACUCAAAAAGGAUGAUGACUGCAGAGUUGUCUUACUCACCUCCACAGGAUCGAGCUUUUGCGAGGGACUCGACUUGUCUUCGCUUCUUCAGGAUAACAAAGACACCAGGCGGCUCCGAGCGCAAGAAUUAGCCAACGGCGUUAAAGAUUUCAUAAAAAGUCUGGCUACUUUCAACAAGCCCAUUGUCGCUGGUGUCCAAGGGACGGCUGUAGGUCUGGGAGUGACGAUGCUGCCGCUCUUCGACCUUGUGAUCGCAAGUGAUAAGGCUACUUUCAGUACACCCUACGGCAAGCUGGGGCAAAUCGCCGAAGGCGCAGCUGUCUUUACUCUGUCCCAUGUACUUGGUAGCGCGGUGACGAGUGAAUUACUGCUGGGCGGAAGGACACUUACGGCGAAUGAAGCUCUGAGAGCAGGUCUUGUAACGAGAGUCCUCUGGCCUGAUCGAUUCCAAGUCGAAUUACUGCCAUCACUUCGCGUAAUGAGCGAGCAAUCAUCUCAGUCAAUGGAAGCUACGAAAGCGCUCCUACGUCACAGUCUUCGUAAAAAAUUAGACGCCGCCUUGGAGUCUGAGAGUUAUCUGUUGAUCCAGCAUUGGUGUUCGAUCGAGUGUCAGGAAGCAAUAAAAGCUUAUUUGGAUGAAAAAGUUCAGUGAGUUACUACCAUGGUAUAAAAAAAAUUUUAAUAUAAAUGAUAAAAAGAAAAAAACAAUAAACGAUAGCGUUAAUGAUACUUGUUAUCGGUGAAUAAAAUAAAAAUAGUGUGUGAGAAUUUAAAAAUGAA